AUGUAUUCAAGUCAUAACAAUCCUAUGCUCUUCUCAUUACCAUCACCACCCAUCUCCAAUCAUCGAUCCACAACAACAACAACAAUGAUGAUGAUUGAUCGUCUUACGAGACAUGAUGAUAAUGUAGAAUUGAAACCAUUUCUUUUGACUAAAUCAAAACAUGAUGAAUACUAUCUACCACCAAUCCAACAUGUCUACACUCCUUCUUCCAGUCCCUUUGAUCAUUCAUCGGAGUCAGCAAGUGAAGAAGAUGAAGAUUAUACAACCCCUUAUCGCAAGAACUCAAUUGCUUCACUCUUGAAUUCACCUACUCCACAGCCUGUACAGUUAAAGAGAGGAAGACCGCGUCAGGAGAAAACUACGCCUGUGGUGAUGAAACGUCGUCGCAAGGAACAGCAAGACUGUUUAUUGCCCAACGAAUUCUUGCCUCGCGCUACAAAGGGUUUACGCCAUUUUAGCAAGCAAGUCUGUGAUAAAGUAGCCGAAAAAGGUGUGACUACGUAUAAUGAAGUAGCAGAUGAACUCGCCAUGGAUAUUCAAAAAUCAAUUGGCAGUAAGCAUUCUUACGAUCAAAAGAAUAUAAGGCGCAGAGUUUAUGAUGCGUUGAACGUACUGAUGGCCAUGAACAUCAUCACCAAGGACAAAAAAGUCAUCAAAUGGCUUGGUAUUCCUGAAUGCUACAACAGCAACAAGGCACCAUCAAGAAACGAAGAGCAAAAAGAAUUAUUAAAGGAAAUUGAAAAAGAAGAACUACGACAAAGCGAAUUACUCCACUCUUUGCAUCUGCUGCGCGGCGUCGUGAACGACAAAAUAGCAAAACAUGAUCAUAUCAGUAAUGUCAUCUUGAGGAAUCAACAGUCGCCUGAAAAAGACGAAAGCAGAAAGAUCGCUUUACCCUUUUUCAUUGUUCGAUGUCCGUCCGUGAAUGCUCAAGAUAUUCAACUAUCUUCAGAUCAGCAUUCAGCUGUCAUUUCUUUUAUGAACGAUGAUAACGACCAUCAGCAUGUUAUCAUUGAAGAUACAGAGGUGCUCAGACAUUUGAACAUCUAA